CUGGCGAUUGGUAGAGAAGGCGGCAGCUGCCCCAGCUAGGCGACGACGGGGUGGGCUCAGGGAGUCAGGACGUGCCCGAGAGUGUCACCUCUCGCGCUGCGGUGGUCGCUCGCGUCCCGCGAGGUUGUUCGGUGUCUCCCUGCACUGCUGCGGCCGCCGCGGAACUAUGGCUGUGCUCCUUAUGCUCCUGCCCUUGUUGGUGGCGGGUGCUUUGGGAAAUGAGUUUAGUAUAUUAAGAUCACCAGGAUCUGUUGUUUUCCGAAAUGGAAAUUGGCCUAUACCAGGAGAGCGCAUCCCAGAUGUGGCUGCUUUGUCCAUGGGCUUCUCUGUGAAAGAAGAUCUUCCUUGGCCGGGACUUGCAGUGGGUAACCUCUUCCAUCGUCCUCGGGCCACCGUUAUGGUGCUGGUGAAGGGAGUGGACAAACUCACUCUACCCCCAGGCAAUGUCAUUUCGUACCCUUUGGAGAAUGCAGUUCCUUUUAGUCUUGACAGCAUUGCAAAUUCCAUUCACUCCUUAUUUUCUGAAGAAACUCCUGUAGUUUUGCAGCUGGCUCCCAGUGAGGAAAGAGUGUAUAUGGUCGGGAAGGCAAACUCAGUUUUUGAAGAUCUCUCAGUAACAUUAAGACAGCUCCGCAAUCGCCUGUUUCAAGAAAACUCUGUUCUCAAUUCACUUCCUGUCAAUUCUCUGAGCAGGAACAAUGAAGUUGAUCUGCUCUUUCUUUCUGAACUGCAGGUGCUACAUGAUAUUUCAAGUUUGUUGUCUCGACAUAAGCAUCUAGCCAAAGAUCAUUCUCCUGACUUAUAUUCGCUGGAGCUGGCAGGUUUGGAUGAAAUUGGGAAACAUUAUGGGGAAGACUCUGAACAAUUCAGAGAUGCUUCUAAGAUCCUUGUUGAUGCUCUGCAGAAGUUUGCAGAUGACAUGUACAACCUUUAUGGUGGGAAUGCAGUGGUAGAGUUAGUGACUGUCAGAUCAUUCGACACAUCCCUUGUAAGGAAGACAAGGACUAUCCUUGAGGCAAAAUUGGAGAAGAACCCGUCAAGUCCCUAUAACCUUGCAUAUAAGUAUAAUUUUGAGUAUUCAGUGGUUUUCAACUUGGUACUUUGGAUAAUGAUCGCUUUGGCCUUGGCUGUGAUUAUCACCUCUUACAAUAUUUGGAACAUGGAUCCUGGAUAUGAUAGCAUCAUUUACAGGAUGACAAACCAGAAGAUUCGAAUGGAUUGAACUUUCCUUAUGCCAAACUUAGAAAAGGGGUUUGGAAAUUGGCUGUUUUGUUAAAAUAAAUCUUUUAGUGUAAAGUACACUUUAAAUUUAUAAAGAAGAAAAUUUUGUUCUCUAUUUUGUGUGUGCCUGUGAUGUUCUUUUAGAGUAACUUAUAGUAUUGAUGUGAACUGAUUCCUAUGAUACAGAUUCUGUAAUAUGCUCAAAUAUUAUGAUAUAACCAUUUAAUAUGAUUUCAUUCCAUUCAAUAUUUGGAAAUAUGCACUGAAAUAAAUGUAAAACACUUAGAAUAGUUUGUGUUAUUUAUGUUGGGAAAAUGCACUGAAUUUUAUUAGAAAACUUAUGAAUGCUUAACAACUUCCUUACAUAGCACAGGUAAAAAUGAUAUUUGGGCUGUUAGAUAAUAUGAACCAUUGUAAAUGUCUUAAUUUGAUGUAAAUAUAUGAAACAAAAGAAAAAAGUUUUUAACUUUCAGCAGCUCUAAACUAUGAAUGUGUUUAUACAGUCAUUUAGAUUUGGAACUCAUCUGACUGACAGACAGUAGCUGUUGAACCUCUUCUAAAAGUUUGGUAAUCUGAAUGGUCUAGUCUGGAUAUUAAAAAUACUACACUGAUGUAAGGGGAAACUAGCUUUGUGGAGUUAAAGAUGCUUGUAAUUACGCACACAAAAGCAAAUAUUUGGGGACAUCUUGGGGCUUGAAUAUAAAAUCUUUCUUUCAGUAACUUCUCUCCCUGUGUAAGUUACUAUGGUUUGUGGUGCAGUGUUAUUCUAUAGAAUAUUAAGUGGAAGUACAUGCUCCCUACUUUUCAUGUGGAAGUGGACCAAUGUCUAUAAAGAGUGACAAAUAAAGUCAUUGAUUCCAAA